CCGUGUACAACAGACUCUUGCCGGGGUCGCGGUCGACGCGGACACUGCGCAGUAGGUGGCGCUGUGCAGCUGUUCCGGCGGUUUGCGCUCCGCCGAUGGAGAAAAAGAAAAAGAGUGAACACUUCCGGCAAAAAUACGAACACAUGGGCUGAAAACCUCUCCGGGUAAAGUCGUCGGGGCUCACGUUAAUGUUCUUGUAAGCGGUUUACUCUGUAGGAAGGAAGGAGAUUUAUCAUUAGCGGCUAUCUCGUUGUGUUAGCUCACCUCGCUAGUUGCUGCUGUUCGUCAAAAACAAAAAAGCCUCAGCCAGAGGGUGCAGUCAUGACGAGGUGGGCGAGAGCCAAUAACGUCCAUAAACACAAACCAGCAGAGGCCACUCCAUGGAGUCAGCUUAGAGCAGGAGGAGGAGGAAGAGGAAGAGGAGGGGGAGGUCACUCAGGUGGCUCGGGUGACCCCUCUGUUGCUAAACAAGGACAGCAGUGGGACCGCCUGAGAAGGACUCAGCCCGGUGGAUCAGCUGUGAAAAAACCCAACCGUAAGAAGAAGGACUAUGUCAGCGAGGACGUGAACGGGUUCCUGGAGUAUCUCCAGCAGACCGGACAGCCGCUGCCCAGAGGGGAUAAAGGCGGGAGGGAGGAGGAGCAGCAGCUCAGGGAGGAGGUGGAAAUCGCCCUGAAGAAAGACAAGAGGAGAGAGGACAGAAGGAUAAAGAGACAGAAUGACAAGAAGAACAAAAUGCUGUGUUUUAACUGCAGAAAGCCCGGUCACGGUUUGGCAGACUGUCCGGAGGCAGACAGAGACGAGGAGAUGGGUCGAGGCAUCUGCUUCCGCUGCGGCUCCACCGAACAUGAAAUCCACAGGUGUAGAGCUAAAGUGGAUCCCGCUCUGGGUGAUUACCCGUAUGCAAAGUGCUUCAUCUGCAGUCAAACUGGACACUUGUCACGGUCCUGCCCAGAUAAUCCUAAAGGACUGUAUGCACAAGGAGGUUGCUGUCGUGUUUGUGGUUCAGUGGAACAUUUUCAAAAGGACUGUCCAGAGCACCAAGCUGCAACUAACUCUGUGACGGUGGGCUGGUUGUCCAACAACAUGAGCGCGGACCACGAGGAAGUCCAUGUUCCAGUGAAGAAAGCCAAACCCAAACAGACUAAGGUGGUGAUGUUCUGAUCUGCUGAGAUGGUCAACAAACAAAUUCAUCCGCAGAUACUACGGAUUUCUCUCCAACCAGCCUCAGCUCAGGACUCUAAAUAAAUGGACUCAUUUCCAUUCACAUGCAGUGAAGUGGUUCAGAUACAUUAUGAUUCCCUUUGUGUAUAAUUGAGGUCCUUUGUAAUAAAGUGUUGCUUCUGUAUGUU